UCCGUGUGAUAUCUGAGUUUUUUUCUCCUGCCAACUUCCCACACUCAUGUAGGCUACUACUUGUGUUUCAUGCCUCUGACUCAUGAGCAUGCUCAUGAGUGAGGUUGCCUUGCGGAAUCCACUCCUCUCUUGAUCACAUCUGUGUGUUUCAGUUUCCUCUGAGGGGCUCCCUGUCUCUCCUCGGAAUAUGAUUCGUUUCUUUUAAUAAGUUUGGAGUUUAUCAAAAUGCUGCGGGUCAUUGUUGAGUCCGCUAGUGGGAUCCCCAAGAAGACAUUUGGAAACCCAGAUCCUAUAGCUGCGGUUGUCUUCAGAGGUGAAAAGAAGAAGACCAAAGCAGUUGACAAUGCACUGAAUCCUGUAUGGAACGAAGUGCUUGAAUUUGAUCUAAAAGACUCUUCCUUGGAUGCAUCAUCAUUCAUCAACGUGGUUGUCAAAGACUAUGAAACAAUCGGCAAAGACAAGUUAAUUGGAUCUGCAACCAUCUCUCUGAGAGACUUGGCCAGCGGUCACUUGAUGUCCCUCCCAUCCAAGAAUGUGCCGUUGAUCAAUGAGAAGCAACAGGCUGUUGGGGCAACAAUCAAUUUGCUGAUUGGGUAUGAGCCGCCUGCCAAUGCUAUGCCAAACCUAAAUGACCGACCCGAUGUAGACACGUCUCAGGUGGAUGGUGGAGGAGGUGAUGAGGGUGAUGAGGGGGAGUCAGACGUGGAGGGGGGAGGCCAAAGUGGAAGCCCAGGAGCCCCCACCUCACCAAGCCAGCCUGGGAAACCGAGCCACAAGCCACAGCGUCUGAGCAGUAAGAGGCAUCGGGCCCUGGCCAACAAGCCUCAGGACUUCCAGAUUCGUAUUCGGGUUAUCGAGGGUCGACAGCUGCCUGGCAACAACAUCAAACCAGUGGUUAAGGUGAAUGUCUGUGGGCAGACACACAGGACCAGAAUAAGGGGAGGAAAUAACCCGUUUUUCGACGAGAAGUUUUUCUACAAUGUUAACAUGCUUCCCUCAGAAUUGUUUGACGAAAGCAUCAGUCUUCGGGUUUAUGACUCCUACUCCCUCAGAUCUGACAGUCUAGUGGGAGAAUUCAAGCUGGAUGUCGGCUAUGUCUACGAUGAAUCAGGUCAUGCCAUAAUGAAGAAAUGGCUCCUGCUGGGUGAUGCUGAUGACUCAAGCUUGGGGGCCAGAGGUUACCUGAAAGUCAGCAUAAUUGUUUUGGGCACUGGAGAUGAGCCACCAACUGAGAAGAGGGACAUAACUGCGGAUGAGGACGACAUAGAAAGUAAUCUCUUGGUGCCUGCUGGUGUCACAAUGCGAUGGGCUACACUCAGCCUCAAGGUGUACCGAGCCGAGGAUAUGCCACAGAUGGAUGAUGCCUUCAUCCAGACAAUUAAACAGGUCUUUGGAGGGGAUGGAGACACAAAGAACUUGGUGGAUCCAUAUUUGGAAGUCAGCUUUGCUGGCAAGAAGCUGUGCACCAAAAUCAUCGAGAAAAAUGCUAAUCCGCAGUGGAAUCAACUCAUCAAUCUCCAAGUCAAGUUCCCGUCCAUGUGUGAACGCAUCAAGCUGACUAUGUUUGACUGGGAUCGUCUCACAAACAAUGACGCCAUAGGAACAACGUUUUUAAACCUAAGCCAAAUGUCUUCCUCUGGUGGAGAGGUCGAAGCGUCCACAGCAGCCAGACCGGGCAUCUCUUAUCCAAUCAUCAAGGCCCUCGUCCGGUCGUCAUCCCAAGCGUACCACGCUUACACCCGCAACAAUCUCAAUGAUCUCAGACAGACACACGCUCAAACUCCACUGCCUGAGGCCCUCAAUUCAAAGGACACCAUGAAGCAGGUCUCCACGGGUGACACAGCCGGACUGAUCACCUACUACCGCUAA